AUGUCUUCAGAAUUAUCACAGCAUAACAUCCAAGGUCUAACACAAGAAGAAUUCAAAGAACUCGAACCAAUCAUAAAAAAAUACCACAUAUUAGAACCAACCACAAACACAUGCACAUCAAUCAUAACCUACAAAAUCGAAGCUCCAUCAAGCAUAGUAUGGCCAUUCGUUAGAAGCUUCGAGAAUCCACAAAAAUACAAGCAUUUCAUCAAAGGUUGUAACAUGCAAGGUGAUGGAAACGUUGGUAGCAUAAGAGAAGUCACCGUCGUUUCGGGUUUACCGGCGUCGACGAGUACCGAAAGGUUAGAGAUUUUGGAUGAUGAGAAACAUGUACUGAGUUUUAGAGUUGUCGGCGGCGAACACCGGCUUCAAAAUUAUCGAUCGGUUACUUCGGUUAACGAGUUUGUUAACGAUGAAGGUAAGGUUUAUACUAUUGUUGUGGAAUCUUAUAUUGUUGAUAUUCCUCAUGGGAACACUGAAGAAGAUACCAAGAUGUUUGUUGAUACUGUUGUCAAGCUUAAUCUUCAGAAACUUGGAGUUGUUGCUAUGAGUUCAUGUUCAGCGGAUUCCAUGGAGAAUAAUAUAUAA